AUGGGAAUCACAGCCUUGAAGAUGCGCGUUUCAAUCGUCGCGUGUGUGCUGCUUGUUUCCUCGGUAUAUGCUGGCAAAUUAUUCGGAGGUAAAGGUUACGGUGGCGGCGGCUACAGUGGCUACGGAGGCAAUUACGGUAAUUACGGGAGCAGUGGCUCCGGAUACGGAUCCAGCGGCUACAGCGGUGGACAUGGAAGUUACGGCGGCUACAGUGGUGGGCAUGGAAGCUAUGGCGGUCACAGUGGUGGUCACGGCAACUAUGGCGGCACUUAUGGAGGCUACAGCGGUGGACGCGGCGCCUACGGUGGCAGCUACGGGGGUCACGGUGGCUACAGCGGUAAUUCCGGAGGCUACGGAGGCAGCUAUGGAGGAUACGGUGGUAACUCCGGAGGCGGUUGGAGUACUGGCGGAGGCUUGGCAGGAUGUCCUCCGUUCGGUAGCGCUUCUUAUGGUAGUGGCUACGGUGGUGGUGGAUGGUGA